AUGUGGCGCGUUGCCGCUUACGCCGCUGGGCAUUCUCCUCCUGGCUCGAGUGGAGGUCUCCGUCGCCAGUCUGCGCGCCAGGCGUACUCAUCUUCGGCAGGCAACCCAACCUCUUUUUCUUUCUCCAAGAGGUGUUCCUCUCCAUCGUGCACUACAGGCGAGAGCAGGAACCGAGGAGAGCAGACAGGGGGGCGGAGGUGCUUCCGCCCUGGCGCAGGCAGUCCAGCGCCCCACCACUCUGACAGCUUCGCAGCCCGUUCGGCGUCUUCAUCGCUUCCGUCUUCUGCGCCGUCUUCUCCGCGCGCGUCGCUGGAGUCGCUGCGCGCGUCGUUUCCUCCGCCUCUCCCUGGCAGCUGCUGCAGCGCAGACGCGGGCACCCGCCGCGUGUGUCUCUCUGCCCUAUCGUCUCCUCGUCUCAGCCCUCUCUCACAGCCGGUCGCUCUCUCAUUCGCCCCGCGGAGAAGUGCCGGGGGCUCCUCUUCUGCGUUUUCUCUCUUCUCCAAGAGGUCGGUCUCCUUCGGCGCGCAUGCGCAGAAUCAGCCGGCCUCGCAUGCAAGGGUCUCUUUUCUGCUAUCGCGUCUGUCUGGAUCGCCCGUUCCCUGCCCCAGCGCGAAAAGGUUUCUCAGCCACUCUGCGAGUGACGGCGACGGCCGAUCCGAAGACCCGCGACAGGCGAUCGACGGGGAUCCGGCGCGCAACUCUCCGCCGCGGCCUCCGUGUGGCGCCCCCAGCAUCGAGGCGGUGGGCGGUGUACGUACACCGGAGCCGGGCAGUGACGGUGAAGCGCGCGCUCACAGCGGGUGCGGAAGUUUCUCCUUGCGAGGGCCGAAAACGGGCGCGAGCUGCCGCCAAGCUGAGCGAGGAGGCAUGAUGAGCUACGGGACUCUCGAAGGCGGCAGGAGUGGAGAGAAGGUGCGCGACUCCGGAUCUCGUCAAGGCGAGUCCUGCAGUCAACAAGGCCGCGCCGCGGCGGAGCCAGACGCGUCUUCUUCUCCGCUUUUGCGUGCGCCUCGCGUUCCCCCUGGCUCGGGGCGGCCAGCUCCUUCUGCGCUCUCCGCGCGGCGCCCACAAGCGGCCGAGGGCAGCCAGCGGACGUCUGCUUCUUCCUCCUCUGCUUCUUCGUUUCCUCCUCUCGGAGAGAGAGCGCGCGCGAACGCUGUUGCGUCCGCAGAGCGCUCGCGGGUUCCUUCGCCUCUGUUUGACAGUUCCGGAGGGUCCGCCAAAGCUCUCGGGGGCGGAGCUCCGUGCGCGCAGCCCGAGCCCUGGCCGCCCGCGCCGCCUGCCCCGGUUUCUGCUUUUCCCGAUGCUGGGACCGACUCGCCCUUCUUUUCGCCGCCCUGCGCCGCCGCCUCACUUCGUCUGCCGGCGGCGCCCGCCUCGCCCGCCGUGCUCGCGCUUCCCCAGGUCUCGCUCGCGCCGCGGAACGGGCCGUUUCGAGGCGCUUCCGCCCCGCCCGCGCCGUCUGCCGAGCCUGACUGCCCUCUCUCCUCUCCUCCUCCCUCUUCUGCGCUGCCGCCCUCUUCUGCGCUGCCGCCUUCUUCUCCCUGGCCGCCUCAGUUCUCGCCUUUCUCGCCGUCGCGGGUUGCGUCUUUCUCGGCUGCCCCGCCUCCUGCUUCCUCUCUCUCUUCUCCCGGUUCUGCGUCGCCCGCGCCGCCGCCGCCCUCUUCCGGCCCUGCCUCGCUCUCGCCUCCGCCUCCGCGUUGCCCUGCCGCCGAGCAAGGCGCAGGUGGCUCGAGUCUUGCUGUGGAGGCCGCCACCAAGUCGCAGGCGCUCUGCCCGAGCGAGAUGGUGGCGUACCUCGACAAAUACAUCGUGGGGCAGGCGGACGCGAAAAAAGCUGUCGCCGUGGCUCUGAGACAGAGGUGGAGACGCAGACAGAUCGAGGACGAGAAGCUGAGAGACGACAUCACUCCGAAGAACAUUUUAUUAAUCGGACCCACAGGUGUUGGAAAGACUGAAGUCGCCCGGCGGCUGGCCAGAUGCAUCGAUGCGCCGUUCAUCAAGGUCGAGGCGACCAAGUUCACGGAAGUCGGGUUUCACGGCCGGGACGUGGAUCAGAUCAUCAAAGACCUCGUUGAAGUCGCGAUGAAAAACCAACGAACGAGGCUCCAGGAGGCGAUGCGACCAACUGCGGAGCGCCGCGCAGAGACAAAGAUUCUCGAGGCGCUGCUGGGCCAGAUGCCGGCCGAAGAACAUCAGCAGUGGCUGGAACACCUUCGCGGUGGCGCGCUGGACUCUCGGCGCGUCCACGUGGAUAUCCCCCCUGCUCGCCAGCACGGCGCGCCGCCAGGGGUCGCGGGCUUCGAUGAGAGCGGCAGAGAUUCCAUUGUCGCAGAUCUCGAGAGCAUCAUUCGCGACAUCGACCGGCCUCGACACGCUUUCUUUACAGCGCGUCGCGGCGCUCGCGGUCUGGAGGCGCGGAACUUGACUGUGAAGGAGGCACGCAAGAAGCUGAUGCAGGCGGAGCUCGACGCGAUGAUCACGAAGGACCUAGUUGUUCAGAAAGCUCUCGAAGCAGUCGAACAGGAAGGUAUCGUCUUCAUCGACGAAAUCGACAAAAUCUGCACCAAAGGAGGUCGGAGCGGCUACAACCCCGACGCUUCGGACGAGGGCGUGCAGCGGGAUCUUCUGCCUCUGAUUGAGGGAACGACAGUCACCACGAGAUACGGGGACGUCAGGACAGACUAUAUUCUCUUCAUUGCUUCAGGAGCCUUUCACUGCGUGCGCCCUAGCGACCUCCUCGCGGAGCUGCAGGGGCGGCUGCCGAUUCGCGUGACUUUGAAGCCUCUCGCUGAAGCAGAUCUGCGUGACAUUCUCACAAAGACCAAAAACAACUUGAUUGAGCAGAACCGAGCGCUCCUGCAGACGGAGAAAGUAGAUUUGCACUUCACGGAGGAAGCCGUCAACGAGAUCGCCAGAGUUGCCUGCGAGGUUAACGCAAACGUCGAGAACAUCGGGGCGCGGCGCCUUCACACAAUCAUUGAAAAGAUCAUGGAAGACGUGAACUUUGCGGCGCCUUCCAUGGCUCCCGGGAUGCGAGUUGAAAUCGACCUCGAGCGCGUACGGUCAAGCGUCAGUUCACUCCUGACCAAGAUGGACUACACGCGGUUUGUCCUCUGA